AUGCAGGACUCCAGCAACAAGGAGCGCUGUGAGGAGCUCAGGAAGGCCCUGAGCACUGCCCACGAGAAGUUCUGCUUCUGGCCAGACAGCCCCUGCCCAGAUCGCUUUGCCAGGCUGCUGGUGGACGAGCCCCGAGUGCUGCUCCAGGAUUUCCUGGAUCGCUUCCGGAGCCUGUGUCAGCUCGAGCUGCAGCUGCCCUCCCUCAAGCCAGAAGACCUGAAAAACAUGUCCCUGACAGAGGAGAGGAUCUCUCGGCUCCUGCAGCUCAUCGGGGAGGAGCUGGAACCCACAGGAGCAGAGGCAGAGAAGCCUCCUGGGAAGUUCUCCACGGAACUCCUGCAGGUGCAGGUUCCUGCCUGCGUGCUGGCGCUGUGUGGCUGGACCUGCAGCGCUGCCUCGGGCUCCAUGAACCUCCCGGUGAUCACCUGCUCCCGCUGCAUGAGGAAGGUGGGGCUGUGGGGCUUCCACCAGCUGGAAUCUGCCGCAGCUCCGGAGCUGGAUUCCUGUGGCUCCAGCAGCACCGCCCCGGCUGCUCCCGAGCGCUUCCCGCCCGUCCCCACGUCCCCACGCAGGAUGCUGACACGGAGCCAGGACCCGGGGUCCGAGCAGCACGAGAAGAGCCCAUCCCCGGCCGUGGCCCGCCCGCGGGGCUGGGAUUCUCCCAGCUCCAUGGACAGGGGCGAGUUGGACGUGAGCAGCCCCGCGCUGCGCAGCCGCCCCGUGACGCGCAGCAUGGGCCAGGGGGACACCAUGGAGGUGCCCUCCAGCCCCGCGCGCAGGGCCAAGCGCGCGCGCCUCUGCUCCUCCGGCGGCUCGGACGCUGCCUUGAGGAGCUUCUUUCACCCCAGCUCUCAGCACCGCGAUUGGUGUCCCUGGGUGAGCACUGGGGAGGCAGAGGAGACCCUGGAGGAUGCUGAGAAGGAGCCGGGGAAAGCUGAGCCAGGCUGGCAAGUGGUGCUGAAGAGGCUCCUUGGCAUCCAAAAAUGUGACACAGCGCCCGACACGGAGCCAGUGGUGAGCACGGGGCAUCCCAGCUUGUCCAGGCAGCAGAACUUCGGGCUGGUUUCUCCUGGUGCCCUUUGCCAGUGGCGCCUGCAGCUGCUGCUGCAGCACCUUGACCUGUACCCGCUGCUGUGUUCCCAUCCUUUCCAGAGCCUCUCGGAGAAAUCCUGCAAGGUGUUCCGCAUUUUCCGCCAGUGGGAGAGCAUCAACUCCUCCUGA